AUGGCCAAACGACCCAGCGCAUUGGCUUUGACUCCAGAUGGCAAGACCAUCAUCUGCGCUGACAAGUUCGGGGAUGCUUACUCUCUUCCGCUGAUUCCCAGCACGGAUUAUGUGGCGGAGGUGCAAAGCGAGGCCAAACCAUACAAGCCGGCGGCAACAUCGCUCACUGUGCACACGAAGCGCAAUCUCGAAUCCUUGGAGCAACAGAUGCGCCAGGCUGAGCUGAAAGCACAGAAAGCGGAAGAGAAGACUGCUCUCGCCUUCGAACACCAGGUCAUCCUAGGCCAUGUUUCUUUGUUGACGGAUUUGAUCUGUGUUCCGUCUCCGACAAGCCCGUCGCGGAGUUAUAUUCUGACGGCAGAUCGUGAUGAACAUAUUCGCGUAUCUCGCGGUGUUCCGCAAGCACACAUCAUUGAGCAGUAUUGUCUGGGCCACACGGCCUUUAUCAGCAAGCUUUGCGUUCCCUCGUGGGCUCCAGAACUUCUCAUCUCAGGUGGCGGGGACAAUUUUCUAUUGUUGUGGGAAUGGACUGACGGACGGAUGCUGCAAAAGGUCCCGUUGCUUGACCCGUCGGAGGCCAAGGAGGUCAUUGUGCGUGGGAUUUGGGAAGUUUCGUUUGCACAGGUAACGGGCAUGGACGGUCCGCUACGGGCUAUCCUGGUGGCACUUGAAGGCAGAUCCUCGCAACUUCUUUGCUUCACGCUCGAAAAAGAAGGCACCUUGAAGCAACAGCUCCCCAUCCAGCUUUCUGGGAAUGUGUUGGAUCUAGUUGCAAUUGAGUCGCGCAAUGCGAUUGCCGUCUCCGUUGAUACUGUGCACCAGCAGAAUUCUACUGAUGCGUGGAAGUCGAGUGUCGAGUCGCCGCAGAUGCUGCUUGAAUGCCUCCAGGCCGAGAACCAGGUGGAUGGCUUGCAUUGGAUUCCAUCUAAUGAUCCUCUGGCCAGUCACAUCGCCUCGCAGGGUACUACUGGGUUGGGAGAGGCGCUGGAUGACAAGCAGAAGAAAGAGCUUGCCGGUUCGCUCUAUAACCUGGGCAACCUGCGCAAGCGAUCUUGGGACGAAUAA